AUGUACGAGUCAUGGAUCCGUAUUGUUUCGUUCAUCCUAUUGUCCUUUCUUGCCCUUCCCGUUGAGUCUCUGCCGAAGAACAAGGGUACGGCGACCACAGGGACGACAUCUAAUACCAAGGCCAACGCUGCCGCUGCCGCUGCCGCUUCUUCUUCCGGUGGAAUAACGAAAGCAACGGAUGGAUCAACAAUUCUGGACAAGACCGUGACGAUUAACGGCCUGUCAAUUCGCUACAAGAUCAGUGCCCCAGCCAAAUCAUUCACAGCAGCUUCUGGAGUUACAGGUGCAGCAGCCACGGCCAAUUCGACAGGAACGGCCGGCUUAAAUGUCCUCUUACAUGGAGAUGGUGGACAAUCGUUCUUCGACUUUCCGAAUCAAGCAGUCCAGAACAACCUCAUGGGCGUUGUCGUCCUUGCGCCAAACAAAAAUCUCUUUUGGGGUGGCGGGAGUGGUUUACAGCGAACCGAUGGGGUUGCACAUGCUGCAGCGGUCAACUCACUUAUCCAAAAUCAACUUCCGAAAGACAUGGCAUUCGAUCCUGGAAAUGUUUUCUUCACUGGUGUCUCUGGAGGAUCGCUUCUCCUGUCUGGAUUCUUCGUUCCAGCUUUCGGAGCGCAAUACAAGACCGGCGUGGUGCUGAAUUGUGGUGCCCUAGUCCCACAAGUCAAUGUUGCCAAUGCUGCAACCCUUGCUACAAGCAUGAAGAUCCAUUUCCAGAGUACUCAGGACGAGCUCGCACUUCUUCAGCCAGCAAUUCCAAAAGCUAUCACGGCGUAUGAGAAGCUCGCUACGACCGCGGGAAUGUCGGCAGCGCAAAUUGGAGUCACGCAGACCGUGGAUAACACGCCCAAUGGAGGUGGGCAUUGCGGAUUUGACGGCAAGGGCUUCGUGACCGGCGUUCAGUUGAUGUCAACCAAUUAUGCCAACAUCAUGGGAGCGAAUGCAACGGGUCAAGUUACUGGGAUCGGAAAUGUAAAAAAGACUGUUGUCGGGAACGAGGCAUUGAAGUUCACCAGCGCCACGUAG